AUGCUUCGUAUCGAACAUACAGAACCAAUCCAAAAGAGUGAAGUCAACAAGGCUGGAAACGGGAAAAAGGAUAUGAAGAAAGUAGGUCCAUUGUACAUGCCCCGGAAAGACCCUUGCACCCACCCCAAGACACCCUCCGCUCUGAGCAAAACAAAGUACACUCUGUUGAUGCUGAUCCAUGGCAAGUGUAAAUGGAAGCAACUCGUGUACGAUCUGACAUUGGAGAGUAUGAAACGCUUGGAUCAGGUAGUAUUAUUAUGGAACAAUGAUUGGCUCCCUCCAAAGGAAUUGCUGGAAGUAAGGAUACGGGAAGGUGGUCCACGUGUGGUGAUAAUUAAGAUGGCUCAUAACAGUAUGAAUAACCGCUUCAUGCCCUGGUCACCAAUACGUACGGCUGCCGUUUACAUUUUGGAUAUGGAUAUCCGCCUACCAGGUGAAGCUCUGGAGUUUGCGUUCGAUAACUGGCUACAGCAUCAGGGUUCAAUUGUAGGCUAUGCGUACAGAAGGUUCUAUGCAAAUGGCACGUACCCAGAUCGGGCUCGGGCUCGCAUAUUUGGUCCAGACCCUGGAUACAAUUUUGUCUUGACGGGCUCAGCUAUGAUGUCAUAUGAACUAUUGCGACAGUAUGCAUGCGAGGAUAAAACCAAACUCAUCCGAGAGAUGGUCGAUGAGAUGUUCAAUGGCGACGAUAUUGCAAUGAAUAUGAUAUCACGUUACAAUGGUCACAGACCGAUUGCUCUCACCCGCAAUAGUCCGGAAUUGGAAGAUCCCAGGGAUGACCAGAAUAAGACGGGGUGUCUGUACGACCUAGGUGUCAAUGGUCGUGCAGGCAGACGCAAGAUUUUUAAGAGCAAGAGCAUAAGCACACGCACAGGACAUGCUAUGAAGAGGCAAGACAUGUUUAUGAAAUUUGCUGAUCACCUGGGCCUCAGUCAUGAUAUGUCUAUACAUCAAGACUUCUAUCAACCACUGCCUGACGUGGAUUUGUGUACGUGUGCCACUAUUCCGCCUGCCGUAAUGCGAGGUAAAUAA